GAGGGAUUUACGCAAACAAAAUACAUUGUGGAUAACACAAAACGCAAAUUUUGAGGUUAUGUAAAAAAUGAAAAUUUGCCUAAUGUUAUCUGGCACACCGAGAUGUCAAUUCUGGAAUACUCAAACCACCUCUCUUCGUUGCCCCAUUUUAACUGCGAAGACGCAUCCCUGGAAAACUAUUUCUGCAAACACUGCAACUUCCAAACAGACUUAGCCGUUCUUUUCAAACAACACAGCAACCAAAAAAAUCCAACCAAAAAGUACACUUGUGGAAAAUGCUCUUUCGAAACCCACUUCUCGCUGACGUGGCUUCAACACACCACACAAUGUUCGAAAAAUGUCUUGAAAACCAACCAAGACGAAAUAAUUUGGCAUCAGUGUGACUCGUGUUCAUACCGAGGCAAAGAAAAGCGUCACUUGGGAAAUCACACAAUCGUCCACCAUUUCAACGACCAAGACAUCAAGUGGUACGAAUGCGAGCAGUGCACCUACAGAACUAAGCACCGAGAGCGGCUCAAAACCCACAUAAUCACGCACCACUUGGACGACCACGAUAUUAAAUGGCACGAGUGCCAGAAAUGUCCAUACAAAGCUAAACUAAAAUCGACUUUGAAAGUCCACGUAAUCGCGCAUCACCUAGACGAGGAAAACAUUAAAUGGUACGAAUGCCAAAAGUGCCAAUUCCGAACCAAGACCAGUUCGAAUUUAAAGCAGCACGUCAAUGCGCGCCACGAGCAGGAUGGUAAAUGGUAUGAAUGUGACAAAUGCCCGUAUAAAGCUAAAUACAAACACUAUUUGAAAAGUCACGUGAUUACGCACCAUUUGGACGAGCGUGAGAUUAAGUGGUACGAAUGCGACAAGUGCCCGUUUAAAGCUAAGCAUAGCUGCGGUUUGAAGAGUCACGUGAGCGCGCACCAUUUCCACGGGAAAGUCGUCAAGUGGCAUGAAUGUAAGCAGUGUCCGUACAAAACUAAGUACAAAAGUCAUUUGAAAAUGCACGAGAAUACGCAGCAUGUGGACGAUGAGGUGCUUAAAUGGUACGAGUGUGGACAGUGUCCGUAUAAAGCUAAACAGAAUUCGCAUUUGAAAAGACACGUAAAUACGCACCAUUUGGACGAACUGGAAGUCAAGUGGUACGAAUGCCAGCAGUGCUCGUACAGAUCCAAGCAAAAAGGCAAUUUAAAGCAACACGUGAAUUCGCUGCAUUCGAAUGGGCAGAAUGUCGAAUGGUAUGAGUGCAAAGAGUGUCCAUACAGAGCUAAAUAUCGCUGUAAUUUAAAAAGACAUGUGGUAGCGCGGCAUCUGGACAAACAAGAAAGCAACUAGAACUCACUUUUCCAUUUUUUAUCCAAUUUUAAGACGUAAUGAGGGUAAUAAUUAAAAUAAAAAUAAAAAGUGAGGUUAUGUUUGAUAUUGACACUUGUGAUAAUAAAGUUUAUUUUGUUAUUUAA